UAUUAAAUUUAACAAUUAAUGUUAAUAAAUAUAAUCCCAUGCACACGGGGUGUUACAUCGAGUUACCGCGGGAAAUUAUGUUAAAGAGAGCGGUAAUUAACGUGCAGUCAACGGACAAUGCGUGUUUCGCAUGGUUAGUGGUCGCGGCCUUGCAUCCGGUUAAAAGGCAUACAAAUCGGGAAUCAUCGUAUCCACAUUAUACGACGGUGUUAAAUCUCCAAGACAUUACGUUUCCGAUGACAUUGAAUCAAAUUAAAAAAUUCGAACAUCUCAACGAAAUCUCUAUCAACGUCUACGGUAUCAAGGAAAAGGAGAUUCUCCCAAUACAUCUGACAACAAAGAAGAUGGAGAAACAUGCAAAUUUGUUGUACAUGCAGGAUCCGCGCGUCGAUAAUGGGCACUUCGCGUACAUCAAAAACUUAUCUCGUCUUGUGAGCUCGCAACUGAGUAAAAAAGAACACAAAAAAUACUUUUGUGAUCGAUGUUUACAUUAUUUUAAUUCAUCCGAGAAAUUGGAAUCGCAUAUGGUGGAUUGCGAACGGAUGAACGAUUGCGCCAUCCGACUGUCGAAUGAGGACGACAAGUGACUCGACUUCAAGAACUACUGCAACAAAGAACGACUUCCAUACAUCAUCUACGCAGAUCUUGAGUGCAUACUGCAUAAGGAUGGAGCCGGAAAGAGAAAACACGUCGUACACAUAUCACCAGCAGCACAAGGUAUUUACCGUAGGAUAUUAUGUGCGAUGCUCGUACGACGAUUAUCGGCGUAUCAAUUUCGUCGCGGCGAAGACUGCGUUGCAUGGUUCGUUCAGCAACUCGAAAAUUUGGCGCAUCAAAUAAAAAUUUUGUUAUCCGCAAAUGUCCCUAUAGAAACAUUAUCGAGAGAUUAG